UUUCCCUAAACAUCCCUCUAAACCUGAAAAGCACACUAGUGACCGCAAAACCACCUUCCUGAAUCCUAAUCCUCACCAACGCAGCAGCACUGUCGGCAGAUGGAUUUUUUUUUAAAAAAAAUUAGACAUCUAAAACUUGGAAAACAUGCUUCUAUAUAUAAGUAUCCCAUCACCUGGCUUGCUAAGAUACUUGAGCUCUAUCAGCCAUGUCGAAGUUGAAGCUCUACGUACUAGGCCACUAGCUAAGUUAAUCGAUCAGCCUUCUCUGCCUGGGACACGUUUCUUACUUUCUUCUUCAGAGGAAGGUGUGUCGGCAUGGCCGGGCGGAACAUCGGUGUGGCGGUGGACUUCUCGCCGUGCAGCAAGAGCGCGCUGCGGUGGGCGGCGGCGAACCUGGCGGCGUCCGGCGACCGCCUCAUCCUCAUCCACGUCAAGAGCUCGUACCAGUACGAGCAGGGGGUGGCACACCUCUGGGAGCACGACGGCUCACCGCUGAUCCCUCUGGUGGAGUUCUCGGACCCGCGGGUGAGCAAGAUGUACGGCGUGGCGCCGGACCGGGAGACGCUGGAGAUCCUCACACGCGCGGCCAGCUGCCAGAAAGGGGUUCAAGUGUUUGCCAAGGUGCUGUGGGGCGACCCGGGGAAGAAGCUGACGGAGGCGCUCCAGAGGAUUCCGCUGCAAUGGCUGGUCGUCGGCAGCAGAGGGCUCAGCGCGGUUAAGAGGGUUCUUAUGGGAAGCGUGAGCAGCUACGUGGUGAAACACGCGGCCUGCCCCGUCACCGUCGUCAGGGAGAACAUGCUGCCGUCAGCCGUAACCACGAACCACUGAUGGGGGUAUAUGGUACUAGCUAGUACAAAUGGCUUGUGUAAGUAUGCCCAUCUAAUGAUGUAAAUUAAUCAUGUAAAUUAAUCACUGUCUUUGGAAAUAUAUGGGCCCUUGUGAGUUGUGAAAAAUAAAAUAGAAAGCACUCCAAGCUCAUAUGUAGCCGAGAUUU